AUGACUAUGGAUGAGAAGUCAGUGUCAUAUUUAAGCUCGUUGGAGAAGCAACCGACGGUUACACGCGAGCCCUUUCAACGAUCGAUGCCAAGCACGAUCUUGAUCCGCGCGGACACUUUGGAAAAUGCAGAAUCCCUCUUCGAUCCCAAAGAGUCCCUGAAAAUACUCCAACGUGGCAUCGUGAAGCUCAGAGCCUCGCCCUAA